CACGGCACGCGUCCGCAGCACGCGGCAGCAGCCGUGCACUGGUCGGGAAGCUGCUCAAACCAACAACCAUGAGGGCUUCUGCCGUCCUGCUGGCCGUGGGCCUCGCCGUGGUGGCGGUGCUGGUGCGGCCCGCCGAGGGUGGCCUCCGCGCCAAAGCCCGCACCCUGCAGCGGAAGAAGCUGGCCCUGGGCCUGGGCGCGACCGCCGACACCCAGGACUGCGCCGGCCAGACGCAGCGCUGCGUGGACUGCUCCACGGUGCUGCAGUGUACCAGGCUGGGACAGGUGUACCGGCCCCUGCGCACCACGGCCUGCCCCGCCGCCACGCCCUACUGCUCGGCAGGCGCGUGCGUGGCCACCCUGUCGGACGACGCGUGCAUCGCGCCGCCCGCCGCGUCCACCGCCUUCACCUGCAACGGCGACGGCUACUACCCCGACCCGUCCAACUGCCGGCGCUACUGGCUGUGCGUGGCCGGCAAGGCCUACCAGUACUCCUGCAACGACUUUGCCGGCACCGUGUACAGCCAGCGGCGCGCCAUGUGUGUGCCCAGCUCCGAGGCGACGUGCUCCACGGUGGCCUGCUCCAACGCCCUGGUUGGCGUCUACCAGCGCUUCCCCCAGGACCCCGAGGUGUACGUGGUGUGCCGCGACGCCGUGGCCGCCAACGCUCUGGUGGCCGCCUGCCCGCCCAACUACACCGUGGACGCCGCCACCGGGGACUGCGUGCUCACGUGCCUGGCGGAGGGCCGCCUGGCGGACAGGGACAACAACACCAGAUACUACGAGUGCGUCCAGACCGGCACCAACACCUUCUCCCAGCCGCGGCUGCUCAUGUGCCCCGAGGGCUCCACCUACAGUGCGGACAGGCAGCGCUGCCUGAGCGGCAACGAAGACAACCCGGAAGACCCCGCCGAACCCGCCGCCAAGGGAUACAACGAGGAGUACUACGAGCCCAACGACAACAUCCCCGAGUCGCAGUACGACAUCCCCGCAGGGCUGCUGAUCGGGGCCGCCAGUGCUGCGUACCAGGUGGAGGGCGCGUGGAACGAGUCAGACAAGUCCCCCAGCAUCAUGGACGUGUUCUUCCACUCCCGCCCCUCCUUGGCCAACGGGGACGUCGCCGACGACUCCUACCACAAGUACAUGGAUGACGUCCAGAUGCUCAGCGACAUCCAGCUCCAGUUCUAUCGCUUCUCCAUCAGCUGGUCCCGAGUGCUGCCCCAGGGCGACAGCGCCCACCCCAGCGCAGUGGGGACCCAGUACUACAACGAGCUGAUCGAUGCCCUGAUUGCCAGGGGCAUUCAGCCGGUGAUCACCCUCUACCACUGGGAUCUUCCCCAGGUCGUCCAAGACGACGGUGGCUGGCUCAACUCCGACAUCCAGGACAAGUUCGUCGACUACGCCUCUUACUGCUUCCAGACUUUCGGUGACCGGGUGAAGACCUGGAUCCUCUUCAAUGAGCCCAUGAGCCAGUGCGUGUACGGGUACGAGCUGCCUGGGAUCGCACCGGCCGUGAGCAACCCCGGCUUCGGCGGCUACCUCUGCAGCCACAACAUGAUCAUCGCGCACGGCAAGGCGUACCGCGCCUACCAGCAGAACUUCGCCUACCAAGGCGGGCGGCUGGGCUCGGCCAUCAACAUGGAGUUCGCCGAGCCGCUGACAAACAAGCCGGAGGACGUCGAGGCUGCCGAGCGCUACCGCCUCUGGAGGUACGGCUGGUGGGCGGACCCGCUCUUCUUCGGCGACUACCCCGAGGUCAUGAAGAACAUCAUCGGCAACCUGAGCGCCGCCGAGGGCCGCGCCACGUCCAGGCUGCCGACCUUCACCGACGAGGAGAAGACGAUCGUCCAGGGUGCGAUGGACUUCCUCGGCCUCAACCUGUACACCGGCAUCCUCGUGGCCGACCGCACCUCCACGGAGACCCUUUCGGCGGGGUACUUCAACGACAUUGGGGUUGAGACCUCCACCGAUCCCAACUGGAUCCAGAGUGCCAGGUCCUCCUUCCCGGUGACUCCAUUCGCUCUUGCUGACGGAGUGAGGUGGGUGAAGAACCGCUACAACAACUUCCCAGUGUGGGUGGCAGAGAACGGCUACGCCGGGGCAGCGGACGAAGGCACCAAGGACCAGAAACGCAUCGGCUUCUACAGCGGCUACAUGCGAGGCCUGAUGCAAGCCAUCAACCGGGAUGGGUGCAACGUGAUUGGCUACACUUGCUGGAGCCUUGAAGACAACUUGGAAUGGCUUGACGGAUACGAAAGCAAGUUCGGCUUGGUCUACGUCGACUUCAACGAUCCCAACCGCCCAAGGACACUCAAGGACUCCGCCAAGUUCUUCCAGGAAACCCUGACAAGCCGACACGUUUCUUAUGUUAAAGCAACGUAACAAAAUGUGGGCUCCACCCCCUUGAAAUUAAAUACGGCUACUUCGUGCCUAAUAAAAGUUCAUAUUUUUGCCAGAGUUAAA